AAUGUGGCACUGAAGAAUUAUCGGCCAAGUUUUUCAACGAUAUUCCCGAGAAUGUCAUGGAUGUUGAUUUCACAUCAUCGAGGUUUAACAGGCGUAUACUAUUCCCUAAUCAUAUCAAAUAUAUUUGGAUUUCCCACGAUCGUACUGAUGAAGGAACAAUGCUAACAUUAAGCAAGAGAUGUAAAGAAUUUAUAAUAAAUUGUAUACCAGCUAUAAUCGUAUCAUCACAUAAUAUGGUGCAAAUCAAAACAUUACCUGACUCAUAUUUCAAAUCCAUAGUGAACGAGUGUAGUAAUCAAAUAAUGUUAGAAUUGAGGGGUGUAAGAAUCGAUUAG